AUGACCAUGACCACCAUGCCAGAGAGUCUCAACAGCCCCGUGUCGGGCAAGGCGGUGUUUAUGGAGUUUGGGCCGCCCAACCAGCAAAUGUCUCCUUCUCCCAUGUCCCACGGGCACUACUCCAUGCACUGUUUACACUCGGCGGGCCAUUCGCAGCCCGACGGCGCCUACAGCUCGGCCUCGUCCUUCUCCCGACCGCUGGGCUACCCCUACGUCAACUCGGUCAGCAGCCACGCGUCCAGCCCCUACAUCAGUUCGGUGCAGUCCUACCCGGGCAGCGCCAGCCUCGCCCAGAGCCGCCUGGAGGACCCAGGGGCUGACUCCGAGAAGAGCACGGUGGUGGAAGGCGGUGAAGUGCGCUUCAAUGGCAAGGGGAAAAAGAUCCGCAAACCCAGGACGAUUUAUUCCAGUUUGCAGUUGCAGGCUUUGAACCGCAGGUUCCAGCAAACUCAGUACCUAGCUCUGCCCGAGAGGGCGGAGCUCGCGGCCUCCUUGGGACUCACGCAGACGCAGGUCAAGAUCUGGUUCCAGAACAAGCGCUCCAAGUUCAAGAAGCUCAUGAAGCAGGGCGGGGCCGCUCUGGAGGGUAGCGCGCUGGCCAACGGCCGGGCGCUGUCUGCCGGCUCUCCUCCAGUGCCACCCGGCUGGAACCCCAACUCCUCUUCCGGGAAGGGCUCGGGCGGCAGCGCGGGCUCCUACAUCCCCAGCUACACGUCGUGGUACCCCUCGGCGCACCAAGAAGCUAUGCAGCAACCCCAGCUCAUGUGA